AUGACGGAUUAUGGAAGUAAUCGAGCAAGCGGCAGUAUUCGUGCCCAGGUAAUUCUUGAAGAACUCGUGAACGUCCCUUCGUCAAAAAUCACUGUCAUCAUCUUAGCCUACGCCCCCUUUGUAGACCACCGAAAGGGAAAUCGCGCCAAACCUAAAUGGUUAGCGCUAGACCGGAUGCCGAACGGCGUUAGACCGGAUGGGUUCGAUAUACUGUACCUAGGCACUGAGGCGCCAAGAGUAGCUGGAAUUCUAUGGACGCGCCCCGAUUCAGGCUUGGAGUUUUCUCAGGACUCCCCAUUGUGCCGCCUCUGGUUUCUCGUUAAUGGUACACUAAGGCUUGACAUGGUUCUAACCAAAAUACCCCGUGGUGAAUGCGGAUAG